AUGUCUAAGAAUAAUUGCUUAGCCACCUCCCCAAAUGCGCGGCGCUGCACCUGCCUGGAAAACACUUAUAAGGCCGCACAAGACAUGGCGCUAGCCAUUCGCAAAAUGGAGGAUUACUUGCGCCUUUGGUUACGCGGUUGCGCGGUGUUUGGCAUAUACGUGAGUCCCACUUCAGACUUCCAAUGGCUACCACAAAAUAAGAACGGCUUACAUCAGGCCUGGAUGGAGGAGAAGACUACGCGCUCGAAAUAUUUACUGCAGCGCCUCUAUUUGGCGACGCUCUCCAUAAUAGUUUGUGCACUCUACUUACAUGGCUUGUAUGCGCGUGAGAUUGAGCAUGGGCUCGCGGUCACUUGGCUGGUGGCGACUUUGGUCUACACAUCGCAGGUGCUAACACAUCUCUCCAUCUUCAUGGCAGCGCUGUGGAAGCGCGAUCAGCAUGAGUCAUUCCUACAGCUAUUGCAGCAAAUCGAAGUGUCACUGAAGUUGCAUUUGAAAUGCAAUACACAACUGAGGGCGCUGCGUCACAGUUUACGGCUAUUGCUCUUCGGUUUGGUGCUGCUGUCGGUGGUGGGACUUUGCGUAUUCACUGUCGUUUCGGUGUGGCUAAAUGAUAUUGGUUAUUACUGGCAUGCUGCAUGGAGCAUAAUUACGUUACGUGUACGUAUACUACAGCUGUUGAUUUAUGCGCGCAUCUUACGCCACUACUUGGAAUGUGUGUGCGUCAAGUUGCGGCAGGUAGUCGCUUGCCGCACAAUGCCAGCAAAUCGACUGUUGGAUAUUAACUAUGAAAAGCUUGAGUCUUUGGAAUUCCUGCUGGCAAUUAAAGAUAAUUAUGCGCUGAUCUUUAAAGCAGUGCAGCUGUUGAACGACUUCGCCGGCUGGUCACUCUUCGGUAUCAUUUUGGUUUACAUGCUGGAUUUCACCUGUCAUGUCUAUUGGUCGUUGUUGGGCUUGGAUGGUUACAAUUCACCUUAUACUUAUUUUGUGGGCACACCGGCAGUCUUGCCAUUUAGCGUGAUAGUCUGUCAUCUAUGCUAUGUUUGCGACAAAUGCAAGCAAUUGGUGUGUACUAUAUUUCGAGCUUUUAACAAAGAAUUAAAAAAAUUAAGCAUAUUUUCAGAGUGCCACAAUAACGGAUUUAGUAAACAGAUUGACCACCAUAAGAUCAACACCGCGGCUGAAACGUUACAGCAACGCGGUUUAUCAGUUCUCCACUCAAUUACAGCUAGAGCGUAUAGAGAUUACUGCUCAACAUUUCUUUGUAUUGGACCUACGCUUAAUUAUGUCGGUAAGCCUGUGGGUAUGCUACGUUUGUUUGAAAAAUUUAAGAAAUUUAAUUCUCUAAUAGAUCUGCACAGCAAUCGCCACGAAUCUAGUGAUCCUCAUACAAUUUUUAAAAUCAGAGAACUCAUAGAGCUCUUCAAGCGUGGAUUAAAUUAG